AUGGGGCGACUGACCUCUCUAGCACGUUUCUUACCCAGGCUGACGGAGAAGGUUAGGCCGAUACUGAAAAUCAUGAAGAAGCAAACUGCAGAGAAAUGGGACGAUCAGUGUGAGAUGGCGUUUCAGAAGAUAAAGGAGAUGAUCAGUAGUCCUCCCAUAAUGUGCCGACCGGUAGAAGGAUUGCCUCUGCAACUGUACCUGUCAGUAUCGGACGACUCAAUCAGUGCAGCCUUAAUACAGGAAGACUCGGAGCAGCGACCCGUUUAUUUCAUCAGCCGAGUAUUACAGAGCGCAGAAACGAGGUACCAGCAGAUAGAGAAGAUAGCCUUGGCGCUAUUGACGGCCGCACGCCGAUUGCGCCAAUACUUCCAGAGUCACCAAGUGAUUGUCCGUACCGAUCAUCCCAUUGCCAAAAUACUCCGGAAGCCCGACUUAGCUGGUAGGAUGAUCGCCUGGUCGGUCGAGUUAUCCGAGUUCGGUCUUAAGUACGAACCUAGAGGAUCCAUCAAAGGGCAACAUUUGGCCGACUUUGCAGCUGAGCUCCAAGGAUCGAUCCCCCUAUCGGAACAUAUUUGGACUCUCUUCGUGGAUGGGUCAUCGAAUAAGCGUAAUGCUGGAGCAGGGAUCGUCAUUGAAGGACCGAACGGCUUCACGGUUGAGCACUCCUUGCAGUUCAAGUUUAAAGCCUCGAACAAUCAAGCAGAGUAUGAAGCGCUGAUCGCCGGGCUAAGGCUAGCAAAAGACUUAGGAGCGGCGAAGUUAAAAUGCAACACCGAUUCGAAACUUGUUGUAGGACAGGUACUGGGAGAAUAUCAGGUUAAGGAUGAUUUGCUGCUCCAGUACUAUCAUAAAGUUGUUGAAGCCAUGAAAGAAUUCGAAGAGGUGACCAUCCAUUACAUCCCCCGAGCGGAAAACACCAGAGCCGACAGGCUAUCUAAGCUAGCGGAAGGAAAAGAGAAGGGCCAAUUGAAGACAAUCAUCAGGCAAACCCUGAUGAGACCUUCAACGGGAGAAUGUGCUGCAGCAGAUCGGUCGGCAGACUGGAUCGGGGAGGUGCGAGAACUUUUAAAGAGAUACGAGGCUGGCGAAGAGAUCAGACCGACGGAGAGAAGACGAGCACUCCGGUUCGUGAUCAUCGGAGAAGAUCUAUAUAAGAGAGGCUUCACAGCGCCGCUCCUCAAGUGCUUAUCAGCGGACGAAGCGGAGUACGUCAUGAACGAGGUCCAUAACGGCAUUUGUGGAAUGCACACCGGUCGGAGGACGAUGAAAGCGAGAAUACUCCGAGCAGGAUACUUUUGGCCGACCAUGGAACAGGAUUGCGAAUCCAUGAUACGUAAGUGCGAAGGAUGUCAAGCCCAUGGAAAUGAUGUAAAAAGGGCUCCGACCGAGUUACAUAGCUUAACAGCUCCAUGGUCGUUCGCUCAAUGGGGCAUGAACAUCGUCGGACCUUUCCCGGUUAGCCGAGCGCAGAAGAAAUUCAUACUCGUAGCAGUGGACUACUUCACCAAGUGGGUCGAAGCAGAGGCUUUAGCUAACAUCACCGCUCGACAAGUCCACUCUUUCGUCUGGCGCAACAUCAUAUGUCGUUUUGGCCUCCCCCACACGAUCAUCACCGACAACGGCCGUCAGUUUAUCGACAAGAAGCUGAAGGACUUCUAUAAGCAAGUGGGAAUACGGCACGUGACCAGCUCGGUCGAGCAUCCCCAGACCAAUGGUCAGGUUGAGGCCAUGAACAAGGUUAUAGUGGCUGAGUUGAAGAAAAGGUUGGGACAAGCCAAAGGAGCAUGGGUUGACGAGCUGCCACAAGUCCUUUAG